AUGAAUGUUUUAAAAUUUAUUUCAAGGACCGACCAUCGAUAUAAAAAUAACAUUUGUCGAGGAUUGACUGAAAAUUCUACAUAUGUACGAUUAAAAUAUUUAACAGAGUUCAUGAUAGGGAAACCGGAGUUGCAUUUCCAAUUGAUUCUUAAAUAUCAAUCAAGGGAGGGUUCUUUGUUCCUUUGUUAUGUACUCGAGGGAAGGAUUAUCUGA